GAAAUAAUCCUCGAACUUUUUAAAAUCGCCCAAUCAAUCCCCUGUUCUAUAUAAGUCGGGAACAGUCGUCAACAUCUCUGCCGGUUCUGGUGAAAACGAAAAAAUCGUUUAGCAGUAAUGGAGAUACUAAUACAUACCACAUCAACUUAUCCAAACCCAAAACAUGUCAACGUUGGUGGUGGCUUUACUUUGAACAGAAAUGUAAACACCUUGGCUUUUGCAAAUGCUUAUACUUCUCCAAUUCCAUUCACCUGUAAUACAAAGCUUUCACUUGGAUUGAGAAAAUCAGUUAUUGUUGAAGCUAAAAAAACCAACAAGAAGAAAGAAGACAAACAUAGCUUUAUACCUAAACCAGAUGAGGCCACUGGUCCGUUCCCUGAAGCUGUCUUGCUUAAAGAGAAAAAGGUGCAGGAAGAUGGUAAACUUCUCCCUGAUUUUGCUGAUGCUGAAGAAGAAAAGCUGUAUGAAUUUCUGAACCUUGAGAUGGAAAGUCAACUGAAAGUAGAGCGUAUGCGUCACUACGAAGUAGUUUAUCUAAUCCAUGAGAAGCAUGCAGAAGAGGUUGGUACUGUUAAUGAGAAAGUUCAAGGUUUUUUAAGGGAGAAGAAAGGCAGGAUAUGGAGACUUAAUGAUUGGGGUAUGCGGAGGCUGGCAUACAAGAUACAGAAAGCCACAAAAGCCCACUACAUUUUGAUGAAUUUUGAGAUUGAGGCCAAAUGGAUCAAUGACUUCAAGAGUAUGUUAGACAAAGAUGAGAGAGUUAUCCGACACCUUGUGAUUAAGAGGGAUGAAGCAAUCACGGAGGAUUGCCCACCUCCACCUGAGUUCCACACUAUGCAUGCCGGUGUGGAUGAUGAUGAUGAUGAGGAGGAGGAGGAGGAGGAGGAGGAGGAGGAUGAUAUUGAUUAUGAUGACGAUGAAGCUUAUGAUGAGGAAUGGGAUGGUGACAUGGAAGAUGGUAUUAUCAUUGUAAACAGUGAUGAAAAUGAAGAUGAUAGCACAGAAUGGAGCAAUAAAUCAUCUCUGGCAAGUGACAAAGGAAACAGAAAUUGGGUAGCCGAGAAAAUAAGGAGAUAAUUUCUUUUAAGUAGAUGGUCUCUUACUGUGUAUAAUAUCUUGUGCACCAGUAUGCAAUGAAGUGUUUUUUCUGGCAUCUCUUAGUCAUUACUUGCUUAAUUCAAUUAUGAUGAUCUAGCCAGGAGUCACUUGAACUCAAUUUGGACUCUAUUUAAAACUAAAUUUGCUUUUUGUUCA